AUGGAGAACGAUGUUUUUCCUUACGAGCCGCUCUCACUUCAAGUGCCCGAGAUUCGGCUAAUCCAAGUAUCUACGCGCCAAGAUGAGAGUCAACCUGUUCUUUGCACAAUGGUACAUGCCGUACUUCCCAAGGAUUUCGUGGCUCUGUCCUAUACCUGGGGCCAAGAAAUGCCUCUAUACACAAUCUACAUCAACGGCAGACGUUUCUCGAUACGACAAAAUCUUUACGAAUUCCUAGCUACAAUAUCACAAACCGGCUCCUACGAAGAUAAAUACAUAUGGAUCGACCAGAUCUGCAUCGACCAAGGAAACGGGCCCGAAAAGAAUCGGCAGGUCUCUCAAAUGGGAGACAUAUACGGGAACGCAAACGGAGUCGUUGCAUGGCUUGGUCUAGCUGUCGCCUCGGGCGAUUAUUGGCUUGAUCUCAUGAGCCAUAGUCAUAUGCCCACAAUGAUCGACGUUCAGAAGAUUUUGCCUUUCUGGAACCACCUAUUUUCCAAUCCGUACUGGUGCCGAGUCUGGAUCACGCAGGAAAUCAUAUUGUCACGAAAGCUGACAAUACUACUUGGGAACAAAGGUAUCGAC